ACUGCAAGGAGGCAGAAAGAGCUGGUUAUUUUUUCCACAAACAACCAUCCUGCUCUCUGUAAACCUCCUGUUGAUUCCUGAUCCUCCUCUGAGUAGGAUGGCGGACGUGCAGACGUUGAUUUCCGAGGAUCAAACAGCGGACGGCGGCUUGCGGCGGGACUUCAGGCGGCUGACUCGGCUGUACUGCAUGAAUGGCGGACAUCACCUCCAGAUCCUACCCGAUGGGACGGUGCAGGGCCAGAGGGAGGACGGGGACGAUCACAUCAUUUUAAAGGUCACAGCGGUGGAUAUCGGCGUAGUGAUCAUCCAAGGAACAGAAGCUGGGCGAUAUUUGGCUAUGAAUGAUGAGGGCCGACUGUACAGUUCACCCACAGUGUCUGAUGAAUGCUACUUCCUGGAGAAGCUGGAGGAGAAUCACUACAACACGUAUCAGUCUCAGAAAUAUCUGGAGGAGAACUGGUAUGUAGCUCUGAAAAGGAACGGAAAACCUAAACCUGGUCCGAGGACUCACAUUGGACAGAAGGCCAUCUUCUUUCUACCCCGACAGCUGGAGUGAAGACUCACGGAUGUGAACACAAGGGGAAGAAAGCUGCUACAGGAUGGAUUUAUUUGUUACAGUAUACACUUGCCUUAAUUUGCUAUGUAAGCUUUAGACAAGAACAAAACAUGGUUAAGGUAUGAAAAAUGGCUGAUGGUGUGUAUCAUCAAGGCAAAGACUAGCUACUGUUAUGUGCAAAUAUUCAUCUGUACAAAGAACAUCAGGUCAGAGAGAUGUGCAUGCCAUCUGAUUAACAUACACUAACACAGCAGCCUGUUUUAGAAAGAAACCAAGGAGAGGAUCUGCAGCAGCAGACAAAUGAUUCAGCUGAGCUUCAGUCUGUUGUGACUUUUACAAGUUCAUUUAGUACUUAAAAUUAGGGACACUUUAAACCAGUGGUUCACAACUGGUCUGGUUGGACCCACCAAGCUCAUUGAUAAGAAUGGCACCCAAAAUGUAAGAAAAAUUCAACCACUAAAAUUUAAAAACGAAAAAUAUUGCAAUUUGGACCUUAAAUAAAACAAAAUAUGAUUGAACAGAGAGGCAGCACAAAACAUGUUUAAAAGUGCAUCAUUACAGAAGUCCUAGGAGGACAUGCAUGCAUACAAUUUAUUUUACUCUACUUCCAAUGAUAAUGUAAAUUUGGGUUAGACAUCUGUCAUUCUUGUGCAAAAACCUGCUUUGUUAUCCCAAGAUAAUCAGAUAAAUACGAUCUUGAGGGAAUAAGGACGUUUUACAUGCUAUUAAAGCAAAACAGAGUAAAAUAAAGUAUACAAAUGUUUAUCCACUUAAGGUGGCGGUCCAUACAUCUGAGACUUUUUGCCUUGUUUUUUUCCAGGCACACUCAUGAUGGACUUUUGGGUCCUGAUCCACCAGUUGAGAACCACUUUAGAAGAUUACAUGGA